GAUAAACAAAAAAAAGGAAGGGAAAGAGUUUUAAAAAAAAAACAGAAUCUGAAAGCGAACGAUCAUGGAUACGAGACAAGCUAUUCCUCAACAAGUUAGAGAUGGUCGUCGCGCUCUUGGAGACAUCGGAAACACACAAGUUACUAACAAAAAGCAGAUCAAUGUGGUGGAGAAAGCUUCAGUACUUGAUGGUGCUAAUCCCAAGAAACCAGAACCUCUAAAGGCGGUUCAAAAGAAAGCUAAUAAACCUAUUGAAGUGAUUGUGAUCAGUCCAGAUACUAACGAGGUUGCAAAAACUAAAAAUGAUAAAAACGAUGAUGCGCUUAAGAAGAAAGUUACAUACUCCUCUGUUCUUACUGCACGUAGCAAGGCAGCUGCUUCCAAGACUCUUGAUAUUGACUAUGUCGACAAAGACAAUGAUCUUGCUGCUGUGGAGUAUGUUGAGGACAUGUACACUUUCUACAGAGAAGUUGAGAAUGAGAGCAAGCCUCAGAUGUAUAUGCAAACACAGCCUGAGUUUAGUGAGGAGAUGAGAUCAAUUCUCAUAGACUGGCUUGUAGAAGUUCAUAGCAAGUUUGAUCUCUCCCCUGAGACGCUUUACCUAACCGUCAACAUAACUGAUCGUUUCCUGUCUCUGAAAACUGUUCCGAGAAGAGAACUACAGCUUCUAGGUGUUACUGCUUUGCUCAUAGCUUCCAAAUACGAAGAGAUCUGGCCUCCUAAGGUCAAUGACUUGGUAUAUUUCACAGACAACAUAUACAACGACAAGCAGGUUCUAGUGAUGGAGAAAAGCAUUUUGGGAAAUUUGGAAUGGUACUUGACAGUUCCAACGCAGUACGUGUUCCUUGCAAGGUUCAUCAAAGCGGGGAACCCUGACCCGGAGAUGGAGAACAUGGUUCACUUCUUAGCUGAGUUGGGUAUGAUGCAUUACGACAGCUUAAAGUUCAGCUCUUCUUUGUUGGCUGCUUCAGCAGUUUUCACUGCGAGAUGCUUCUUGAACAAGACACCUGCUUGGACUGAUACUCUGAAGUUCCACACCGGCUACUCUUCACAUCAGCUCAUGAAAUGCUCAGAGCUAUUAGAUUUAAAUCACUUGAGAGUUGGGAUGGGCAAGUUACGAGGUGUAUUGAAGAAGUACUCGAAACCUGAACGAUGUGAUGUUGCUUUAGUUUCACAAGCCAUGUCACCUUUGUCUGUGCUCUUUGAAGAGGCCUUGAAAGAAUUAGGAAUAUCUCCUUAAAGGAUCUUCUUGUGUAAAAUGUUGGAAACAAGUAUUAAUGCUUUCUAUGUAAUUAGUGGUUUUUGUCUGUGCCUAUUCAAGC